AUGUUACCUCUGAUUACACUCGAAGAGCACUACGUCUCACCCACAGUUCGAGCAGCUCAAACACACGACGAAUUCGCCACCUUCCCGCCAGACCUCGUGCGGAAACUAAACUCCCUCGACAAUGAACGUAUUGACGACAUGGACAAAGGGAAGGUAUCCCUCCAAGUAAUUUCCCAUGGCCCAGGAGACAGACCAGCAGCCCUAUGCACAGAAGCAAACAACGACCUCGCAUCAGCAAUUUCCAAUAACCCAAGUCGACUAGCCGGAUUCGCUCAUCUUCCAAUGGGCGAUCCGACCGCCGCAGCAACUGAGCUUGAGCGCUGUAUCCGCCAACUCGGCUUCGUCGGUGCUUUAGUCGACAACCACUUAAACGGUACAUUCUACGACAACGAGAACUUCUGGCCUAUCUUUGAACAGGCACAGACUCUCGAUGUUCCGAUCUAUAUCCAUCCCUACUGGGCAGCGGAUAGUGCAUUGGAACACUACCGCGGGAACUACGAAGAGUCGGUUGCCGUCGCGUUAAGUGCGUAUGGCUGGGGCUGGCAUUCUGAGACAGGGCUCCAUAUUUUGAAAUUGUAUGCGAGUGGACUCUUUGAUCGGUUCCCCCGGCUGAAGAUUAUUAUUGGGCAUAUGGGUGAGAUGCUUCCUUUUCAGCUGGAGAGGGUGAUCAAGGUUUCUGGGAGAUGGGGGAAGACUCGGGGGUUUGAGGAGGUUUGGAGAGAGAAUAUCUGGAUUACUACCAGUGGGAUGUUUUCACUUCCACCGUUGGCUUGUCUUUUGCAGACAACGUCAAUUGACCAUGUUUUGUACAGUGUUGAUUAUCCGUUUUCGUCGAAUGAGACGGGUCUGGCGUUUUUCGACCAGGUGAAGGAGAGUGGGUUGAUCACUGGGGAGGAUUUGGAGAAAUUUGCUUUUAGGAAUGCGAAGGCUUUGCUUCGUGUGCGAGCCGAGGCUCAAUAG